GCCUCUUCCCGCCAGAUGAUUCACCUUUGCCAGUCUCUUCCCGUGUCUGCUUUGUUAAGUUCCAUGAUCCGGAUUCAGCAGUUGUGGCACAGCAUCUGACAAACACUGUAUUCGUUGACAGAGCUUUGAUAGUCGUACCAUAUGCAGAAGGUUUGUGCUUUGUUUAACUACCUAUGAGGGCAUCCUAUGAUGACCAUCUACCUCAGUAUAGUCGUAGAGUGAGCGUUAGUAGCAUGUUAGAAAUUUAAGCUUUUAAAAUUUUGAAACCCUUGUUAUACUGCAGUCUAUAUUUUUACUUGCAGAUUUUUUUAAUUCUAAAAAUUAGAAAUCAGGCCUGUUUUUAUAAGAUAUUUAACUUUUUGCAUUCUUUUAAAACAUUUUAAGUUCAUUAAAACCAUAUCCCUAUUGUAAUUCCUUAAGAUAUAUCUACUUAGUUAAUGUUGAGUUUUAUGAAAAAGUCCUGAAGGUGAAUGGUUCACUCCAUGCACAUUUAUGUAGAAACCUUCAAAUAAAUGCAUGACGUUAUUUCUGUUUUGAAUAUGACUAGGUUAGUAUUAUUUAUGUAGUACUUCUUCUCACAGAUAACUUAAAAAAAAAAUCCCACAUUGAAUUCCAGUAUACCAAGGGUUACAAUGAUUUUGGUUUUUAUGAAAGUUCAAGAUUUCCUAUAGCUUAGGUGCCAGCUGGGCACUGGGUGAAUUGUUUUUAUGCCAGAUUUUCUUGUUCAUUCUUGCUAUAUUUUCUAGAUAUCUCUAAAUAAUAAAUUCUUCUCUCUGUUAUUUGUGUGUGUGAUUUUUGUAGUGGAGAAGGCAAAUGCAAAACUCUUCCAGAUGACUGAAAAACAGUGGGUCCUCUGCAGCUACAGGGGAUUCUAGACAUUAACUAAAGGCCAGCAAGCACUCAAGUCCCCCAAGUGUUUUCCUGGUGUAACCAUUUGUUAACUACAUUUUCUCUCUUUUUACAUUUUAGGCUGUUAACGUAAUUUGACAGAAAAAUAAUGAGCAGGGUUUUUGGAUCUAAAAAAGCCACUGUGACAAGACAGCACUAUUUUAAUUCCAUUUUGUAAAAUUUUCUGAGACCUUUUAUAAUUAGUUUGUUCCCAAUGUACUGCUACUUUAUUUGCUUUUUGUUACUAUAAAUUUUGAUCAAAGAAAUCACUGAAAUAUGAUAAAAUUACUGGAUUUUAGGCUAAUAAUUUAACAUAUAUACUGACCAGAAUUUAAAUGCUUUCCCCUUAACGAACUGGUCAGUGGAAGCAGAAUCUUGAUAUUGUUAACUUUAGAUGCUAUCUUAGAUCUUGAAUACCAGUGUGAACAUUUACACCAUACCUUGUAAAAGUUGUGAACUGUCUAGUCCUUAAAAUUUAGAAGAAUUGCCUUUGUGGUUUUCUGAAGAAAUUAAAUUGCAUUCUUAGAUGGAUUAAGGCAUGUUAUAUAAUAAUAGUACAUCUAUCUCCAUGAUAUUAAAGUGUGUGAACCCUAUUUUAAGGUUUUAAAUUAUAUAUGUGCUGAUAAACGUUUGAGUUUAGCGUGUUUUGAUUAAGCAAUUUCUCUUAUAUCAGUGUGCCUGUUGUAGGGUAAGACUUAACACCAAGAGAAAAUUUCCAGAAUUCAGAUUUAGGAUAAGUAAAAUGCAGUUUUUGAAACAAGGUUCAAAUCAUGUGAGUAAUGUGCAAAACUAUAGUUAGGCUUUAAAUUUAAAGAAUUCUUAUUGUCUAAGUAUCAUAGUUCCCAAGUCCUGAACAUAAUACAGUAUAUCAUAUAACUGGCUUUCUUAAAUAUUGUUAGGCCAUAGUAAACUUUCUAGUAUCUGUUAUGAAAAUGAAAUGUUUAGGAGUGUAUAUAGAAUUACAGAAGUAUUUAGUUCCAGUAUCUGUUUUUGGUGUAUUUAAUUCUUGGUAUGAUAUGCUGUAUUAAUGUUGCCACCGUUAAAUAACUGAUGUACUCAAUCCCUUUGUCACCAUUCACCCUAGUUUUAGCUCUUACACUUUGGUGUUGGCUCUUGGGUCAGUGUUUUAAAACAAUAGACACAAAGUCUACGGUAAGGAAUAGUCUUAAUUGGUAAAAACUGAGAUAGCUGGAUAUGGAAGGAACUCUUAAUAGUAAUGGAUUUGGGGGUUAUUUAGGUUCCUUGGUUAAUGUUUGUUUCUUUUGUCUGUUUCUUUUUCUUUCAUUUCUACACAUUCAUGCAGUAUUUCAUGGUUCUAUCAAAGCAGCAGUAAAAAAAAUACUCUUGACGCAUGAAAAUUAACUGGUGAGGGGCCUCAUUGCUAUUUUUAAAUUGUAGUUUUAUUUUUAAAUAGUCUUUUUUAAAUCAGAGGAUCAGAUGCAUGACUUUUUUUUUAAUGGAUGCAGAUCUUCUAUCAGGUGUCUCACAAUAUAUUCAAGAGGAUGUUAGUUUGCCAGAAAUAUGUUGCAAAUGCACUAAUUUGAGUAAGAUGUUGAUACUUAAUAUUAUCCUCUUGAGACAUAAUUUUGCAUGCAAAAUUAUCCCAUAAUCUUUGUAGGUUUGUUAAUAUUGAUGCAUUAAUGCCCUAUAUCUAAAUGAUCUUCUCCCCCCACCCCUCCAUAACUCUUGGUAUCUAAAUUGAUGACAGCUCUGACACAAGCAAGAUAACAGUGCUGUGUAGUAUACAUUUGUUUAUAUUAUCGGCACUUCUCAGUAUAGGUGGAAGGAACCAUUACCUUUAUUUAACAGUGGUUUUUCUUUUUUGUUGUUGUGUUUUACAGUUCUUUUCCCUGGUUCAGCCUGAACUAUAUACCAGGCCCUGCUGAAAAUACCACCCAACAGUUUUCUUCUGCAGCUUAUCCAGUUUCUCUUAAGUGCCCUGUACAUAUUGUAUGUUUUAUGAUGAGAUGCAGUUUCUUAAUAUGUAUUACAGAAAUACUACUGGUAUUUGCAAAUAUGUAGUUUAAUUGUAUUAUUGAACUCUCAUUUUGGGGGCUUGGGCACAUUAACAGAUUAAUCCAUCUGUAUAGGGCUUUUGCUGUUGGAUAGAAUUUAAAUUGUCUACAUAAAUAUUUGUCUUAGGACCCUUAGAUUUUAUCUGAAUACACAGAUUAGGCUUUAAAAACAGACAUACAUGUUGUUUUUGGCUUUAGGAGUUUGGCUAAGUUAGCUUUUGAACUGACACUCAUGUAGCAGCAUUUUUGGUAUGGUUAGCAUGGCACAUGUUGGAACAUAAAGCAUUUUACUAUACAGGUAAGGAAUGUGCCAUGUUGUUUUACCUAUUCUCUCUCUUUCUUACUCACUUUCACACACAUCCUGUGUGUAUUCAGAGACCUUCAGAAACAUUCAUAUUCAUUUUCAUGAGUCAGCAAAAGCCCUACGCUUGAUUCCAACAGAAUAUUUCCUUUACAUACUUUUCUUCUCUUAAUUUUUACAAAAUUUGUAUGGUAGGUGUAAAAGAAAAUCAUAGUAACUGUACCAUAUUAUUAACCCCUAAAUCAAACUUUUUUUGUCUUGUGUAUCUUGAUUUUUCUGUGUGCUUUAUAGUGAAGCAGCCGACACGAGUCGUUGUUCAUAAAACAGCUUUUGAAAGUUGAGAGCACACCCCUGGAGAACCGACUGUGCUUGCUUACGUUUGGUUCAUGACUUAAAAAUCGAGUACAGGAGUUAUUCCUGAUGAGACUAAGGCUUUGUCUCUGUUGGCACCAGCUAAUGCAGUGGCAGGUCUUCUGCCUGGUGGUGGACUCCUGCCUACCCCUAACCCACUUACCCAGAUUGGCGCUGUUCCACUGGCUGCUUUGGGAGCUCCUACUCUUGAUCCUGCCCUUGCUGCACUUGGGCUUCCUGGAGCAAACUUGAACUCGCAGUCUCUUGCUGCAGAUCAGUUGCUGAAGCUUAUGAGUACUGUUGAUCCCAAGUUGAAUCAUGUAGCUGCUGGUCUUGUUUCACCAAGUCUGAAAUCAGAUACCUCUAGUAAAGAAAUAGAGGAAGCCAUGAAGAGAGUACGAGAAGCACAGUCCCUAAUAUCUGCUGCUAUAGAACCAGAUAAGAAAGAAGAAAAACGAAGGCACUCAAGAUCAAGAUCACGUUCUAGAAGGAGGAGGACUCCCUCAUCUUCUAGGCACAGGCGAUCAAGAAGCAGAUCAAGAAGGAGAUCACAUUCUAAGUCAAGAAGUAGGCGACGAUCCAAAAGUCCAAGACGGAGAAGAUCUCAUUCCAGAGAGAGAGGUAGAAGGUCAAGGAGCACAUCAAAAACCAGAGAAAAAAAGAAAGAAGAUAAAGAAAAGAAACGUUCCAAAACACCACCAAAAAGUUAUAGCACAGCCAGACGUUCCAGAAGUGCAAGCAGUUUGCACAUUUGUGUUUCUAGAGAGAGACGACGACGACGAAGUAGGAGUGGCACGAGAUCUCCUAAAAAGCCUAGGUCACCUAAAAGAAAACUGUCUCGCUCACCAUCCCCUAGGAGACAUAAAAAGGAGAAGAAGAAAGAUAAAGACAAAGAAAGAAGCAGAGAUGAAAGAGAACGUUCAACAAGCAAGAAGAAGAAAAGUAAAGAUAAGGAAAAGGAUCGGGAAAGAAAAUCAGAGAGUGAUAAAGAUGUGAAACAGGUUACACGGGAUUACGAUGAAGAGGAACAAGGGUAUGACAGCGAAAAAGAGAAAAAAGAGGAGAAGAAGCCAACAGAACCAAGUUCCCCUAAAACAAAAGAAUGUUCUGUGGAAAAGGGAACUGGUGAUUCACUAAGAGAAUCCAAAGUGAAUGGGGAUGAUCAUCAUGAAGAAGACAUGGAUAUGAGUGACUGAAUAUUGCCUCCAUGGGAAUCCAACUGUAUACAUGCAUCAGUGUCAUUCCUUUGUGUGAUUUCUUAAUGCUGUAUUUGUUCAUCUCAAACCUAGAUGUAUACAGCUCUGAGUUAUAAAUGGUUAUAAAGCUCCUGAUAUUGAUAUUAGUUAUUUACAUCCAAAAGCUUUUAGAAAAUGACACAUGAGUAACCAAUUCUUGACAUGGUGAAAUCCGAUUGAGUAUCCAAGCAGUUUUACUAUUCUGGUGCUGCUUCAUAACAAAAAUGAAAAGCUGCAUGCAUCUACAGCAGGCAUGGAUUGUUUAUGUUGUAUGAUCUCCUUUAUUAUAAGUAAGUUCACUUAUAGUAUUUCUAGAAUUUGAUUCAUUGCCGUAAUAGAGCCAUGUAGGGAAUGCACUGAUUGCAUGUUAUUGUGGCAGGAAUAUCCUAAAUGUCAUUAAAAUCCUCCAACAUGAUGGAUCUACUUAUGGUCUUGUUUGUUGACAUGACAAAUUAACAUUCUUACAGUUACACCUGAAAAUGAACAUUUGAAAUAGAUAAUCCUUUAAGCCUUGCGGCUAAAUUUUUGUGGCUUUUGUUUAACUUUGAAAGGUUAUAUAUGCACUAACCUUUUUUGAUGGCUGAUUAGGCUUUAAUUACAGAAACAAGAUUUCAAAUGAAACUGUCUUUGGCAGUGAGUAAAUAGCAUAUUUUGAAGUAGAGUUGUAUACUUUUUCAUAAGGUGUUUGGGAAUUUUUUUGUCCUGAAAUAAUUUAUUCCACGUCUACAUCAGUGAAAGCUUCUGCCUAUCCUGAGUCCAUCUGUAAGAGAAAAGUUCUCUCUUGUCCUGAUUUUCAAUUUUCCACUCUUUUAUUAAUUUGUUUUAAUCUCAGUGUUGGAAAAAGAGGGUAGUGCAUUUUAAAUUGACCUUCAUACGCUUUUAAAAUAAGACAAAUCUACUUGAUAAUGUACUUUUUAUUUGAUCUCAAGUUGUAUAAAACCAAUAAAUUUGUGUUACUGUUACUGCAGUAGUAAUCUUAUGCACACAGUGAUUCCAUGUUAAAUGCAAAGUAGUUAGGCAACUGUUUUCUUAGUUACAGGAGUUUCAAGCUUCACUUUUGUGCAGUAAAAACAAAAGUAGGCUACAGUCUGUGCCAUGUUGAUGUACAGUUUCUGAAAUUGUUUUACAAGACUUUGAUAAUAAAACCCUUAAACUCA